GUGUGCGACGACGAACGACGCGGCUGAGAGACGGCGUGGUGCGCCUCGGCAGAGAAUGCACGGCGACGGCCGAUACCGGAUGAGCGCCCGUUUCCUUCCGUCGUCGUCGUCAUAGACGCCCGCUGACGACGCCGUCGCUCUUGAGCUUCCCCGCGAACGCUCUCCGUGGGACGGACGCCGCUGCUGCUGCUGCUACUCCGGCAAACGCCACACAGGGAUGCAUCCCGGAAGCACGAUGGCAACAGACACUGAGGCCGGGAACCAUGUCGUUCGAAGGAGCAUCGCUUCGCUACCAACGACAAAGCGAUGCCUGGGCUUGGACCGAACGCCCCUGGAGAGGAUUCUCCUCUUGCUUCUGAUCGUGAUGACGUCAGUUUGUGCCAUUAUGCUCAUCCUUCUGGCGAGGCCGCCCGCAGCACAACAUCGGGUUCCACUAAACGACAUAGAGACACCCGGCAACGCAUCCAGGACGAGACAAGAGUGCUUGGGUGAAGAAUGCAAGAGCGUGUGCAUAACAGAGGCCUGCGUGAAAGCCGCGGCCGCCAUACUGCGGAAUAUGGAUCUCAACGUGGACCCGUGCGCGGACUUCUACGACUUCGCCUGUGGUCGCUGGAAGCUGUACCACGUGCUGCCGCCCGACCGGCCGCACUCGGACACGUUCGCCGUAAUGAAGGACGAAAUCAAGGUAGUGCUCAAAGAGCUAUUGGAGUCGCCCAUCGACGCAUCCGACAGCAACGCUACCAUCAACGCGAAGAACUUCUACAAGUCCUGCCUGAAUGAAACCGUAAUCGAGGCGCUCCGUGAGAAGCCGCUGCUAGAUCUGCUGCAGAGCGUGGGCUCGUGGCCCGUCAUUACGCCCAACUGGACGGAGGGGGGCUUCGACUGGCUCAACUUGACGGCCAUCAUGCGUAGACACAGCAACGACAUCCUCUUCGCGCAGUGGGUUUCUGCGGACAGCAAGAACUCGACCGUCAACGUCAUACACCUGGACCAGACAGAAACGGGUCUUCCAAGCCGCGACUACUACAUUCGGGGGACGCAGCAAGUCGAGGCCUACCUGCGGUUCAUGGUCUCCGUAGCGCAGCUGCUGGGAGCUAACCGGACGACGGCCAUGCGGGACAUGGAGGACGCCCUCAUGCUAGAAGCCAAGCUCACCAACCUGACUGAACCGAGCGAGAUGCGGCGCAACUUCACAGCCAUGUACAACAAGUGGACGGUAGAACAGCUACAGACGAAGAUCCCUCUGAUUAACUGGACGCACUACUUCAAAGUGGUCAUGCCCAUGGAAAUACCGCCUACGGAAGAAGUUGUCAUCUACGCACCGAGGUACAUCAAGCAGAUGUCUGAGCUUCUACAUUCCACUCCUAAAAGGGUCGUGGCUAACUACAUCCUCUGGCGCUUCAUCUCGAAGCUCGUGGGCAGCCUAGACAAGAGGUUCGUGGACAAGCAGCAGGAGUACUACGGCGCCAUCUACGGCACCCAGUCGACUCCUCCGCGUUGGAAAAGCUGCACGCUUCUCGUCAACAAGAAAAUGGGCAUGGCCGUCGGAGCGCUCUUCGUGCGACGACACUUCAACGACCAGAGCAAAAAGAAGGCCGAGGAAAUGAUUAAUGACAUCAAGGCAGCCUUCUUGGAAAUCCUCAUGAACGUUGACUGGAUGGACAAAGAGACUCGAGAAGUGGCCAGGAAAAAGGCCGAGUUUAUGACUCAGAAGAUAGGGUACCCUGAAUUCAUAUCAACACCAGAAGAACUGGACAAAGAAUACGAGGUAGAGUUCAGACCCGACACGUACUUCGAAAACAUCAUCAAGAGCCUUCGCCACAGCGCACUGAAGAUAGAAAUGAAGCUCAGGAACGGCGUGGACAAAAACGAGUGGAUCACCUAUCCCGCUGUCGUCAACGCCUUCUACACGAGAUCGAAGAACUUCAUCAGCUUUCCGGCCGGGGUACUGCAGCCACCUCUCUACCACCAGCAUUACCCCAAGUCCGUCAAUUACGGCGGCAUCGGUGUUGUCAUCGGUCACGAGAUAACCCACGGCUUCGACGACAAAGGACGUCAGUUCGACGAACACGGCAACCUGAAGCAGUGGUGGAAACCUGAGGCGCUCAAGUUGUUUCACUCCAAGGCGCAAUGCAUGAUCGAUCAGUACAGCCGAUACGUUUUGCCUGAAGUCAACAUGGCCGUCAACGGUGUAAAUACCCAAGGUGAAAACAUCGCUGACAACGGAGGCGUCAAGCAAGCGUUCAAGGCGUACAAGAGCAGCGUGGAGCGCUGGGGUCCCGAACCGCACCUGCCGGGCCUGAACCUGACGCACGACCAGCUCUUCUUCCUCACUUACGCCCAGAUCUGGUGCGGCACCACGAGGCCAGAGCACGCCGUCAACACCAUCCGCACGGGAAACCACAGCCCGGGACGCUUCAGGGUGAUCGGUGUGGUGUCCAACUCGGUCGACUUCGCCAAGGCCUACCACUGCAAACCUGGCAGUCCCAUGAACCCAACGAAGAAGUGCGUCGUCUGGUAGAAGAAAACCAGCAUACCGAACAAGUCUGCAAACCAGAACAUUUCCGCCAGGAGCUAUCCCGCGAAGGCUCAUCGCGCUUCUGACCGCCGUCGCGGCGACGAGGAUACGUCCUGCGGAAGUUUUGUUUUCACGUCGACACAGCUGUCCAAAGCUAGCCAUCCCACGCACGCUUUCUCCCACCUUGACCGCUUUCCCGGUCCUCACAUCAUCGCAACAGAACUUACGCGCGGUCUCGCCAGAACCAUUCAGCGUUUCUAAAACGACGAAAAAGCGUGGGGCUUUCCAUUCGAAGCAAGGCGCUGCCGCAAAUUGUUAUUCGACAUGAAAGAUGGUAAGGCGGGGAGGCACAAAAGAAGAGAACCAAACACACGACGUUUGCGUUGUUUCUACACGCCAUAUUUUCUUUCAUGAUGAAUCAUUUCAAAUUAGCUCAAUUAUCUUUUGACCUAAGCUUCGUUAUCGGACUCUUCUCCAUUCACCGGCCUAUAAUCCCAUCAUGGUACCCCUUAUAAGUUUGCACAUUUUCGCAUACAGAGGCAACAGUCGGGCAACGGCGUCUAAUAAUAGUAACAGAAGUGCAGGUUUGGACGUUCGUGCUAUUUGUCAUCAGAAGCACCUGACAUGCAAAUUCACCACCCCACGUCAUUUAUGUCACCACAGACACGACUGUUACGCUUCCUUAAACGUGAAAAUGCGUACACUUAUAAAAGUUACCUUAGCGAGAGUAACACAUCCACCACGACGUUUUCUGGUGUAGAGAAGCGACAAUAAUUCGCUUGCAUAAAUGACAUCACGACCACCAUCCUGCAGAACCAAAUGCAUAUUAGAAGGCAGUGCUCACGUCUUGACGUUUUAUUUCAGAGGAAGCAAGGAAGGAAGGAAGAAAGGAAACGGAGAGGGGAGUGCAGUGAAUAGUGAACGAAUGGGACCUCGAAUAGUUCAAUGUGCAAGAAGGAGCAUAACAAGACAGCUUAUUAAAUUAAGGUUACCUGUACAUACAGGUAUACUUGUGCUGACAUCAAGGAUGAACUUCCGAGUACACGAACUUGUUGUAAGGAUCCCGCAGACGCUAAAGAUUAGGCAAACCACAUGACGUCAUGGAGCUAUACCAAUCAAUGACGUCGAUAACACCAGCAUUAAGAGCAGUAUGGGUUGUGGUGAAGUCAUGCACAAGGCAGUGAUCGAUGUCUGCGCUCGAGGCAGGAGGAAUAGGUCGAGCUUGACCGUCAGUGGGAGUUAAGGACGCUUACAUGGCGGUUCUUGUUCGUGAUCCUAGCUCCUGGUUUUAAUUACCGGUGAUUCCGUUGUCCCAUUAAUGAGGUCUUUUUUCUCUCUCUCUUUCUUUUUUUACCUGACUAGUGAAUACAAACCUUGCAAAGGGUGCCAAAGAUACCUCACAUAUUUAUUUAAAAUGAAAGGAAGAAAAAUAAGCUGCCCACAAGGAAGGUUAUCUGUAAAUCACAAUUGUAAGAUAACCAUUCCGAAAGACAAUUUCGUGUUUAAAGACGAGGCUGGAUACCAGCGAGCCUUCCGCGAUAUUAACCAACUACAAAUUCUUGUUUUCUUUUUUAUGUGGCUUAUUUUGCCAACUCAGUAUUUGUUUUAUCGUACUGGCGUAAAUCAACGUUGCGGUUGUUGUUGUAAGUUUAAACGUCGUGUCUCCGACUUUGUUAACAUUGUUUUGUUGUUGUGAUGUCAUUUGCGACUUGGCGUGCUGAUACACCUAGUCCGUAGGUUGAGUUGCAUACUUGAAAUGAAUGACAGAAGAAAGAAAAAGACAGUGUUAAUAGCGUUUUUCUAUCGUUAAAAUUGGACUUUAUACGAGACGCGUCGUCGUCGCCUGUGAGAUCACUUUCUCAAAAUCUGCUUUCGAUGAAUUUCUAUUCACUCUUCUUUUUUUUUCCCACUCCCCCUUCCCCAAAGUAGGGUAGUCAACCGGUCUUCGCCCUGCUUAACCUCGUCUCUCUCUCUCUCUCUCUUUUACACUUAUGUAGUCGUGGGUUCGACUGAAUGCCGUAUGGCUAGGUCACACACGUGAACGAGUGAUCCCCACCGUUACUGAAACGUCAUUUUAUUUUUACUUAGGUCAGUGACCUGCUACUUUCCCCGUUCUUUUUUACUGUGUAAAUCACAUUUUCCCCUGAAACUAGCAGUAGUAACGAAAGAAUGUAGUGAUCCUGAUGCUGAAAACGUAUUGCUAUCGGUUGACGUGCGUUGUUAUACGACAUUACAUUUUCUUUUAUAUAUAUAUAUAUAUAUAUAUAUAUCUGAGGUUCAUCAAAGUUAGUGGCAGCAAUCCCAAAGACCACGGAACUUGCCUUUCUAGUUAGCUCUCCGGUGUCGCCACAACAUGUGUACGUUUCUUUUCCCGUCUCCCUCAGUUUCCCGUUUAUUUUUUUUUUUGUUUUUUCGUGCUGUCAUCGCGUGAAAUUGCAAGAGAAGCAUUCUCAUUUUUUAUGUCAAGAAGUUGCGAUCCAGUUUUUGUUGUUUUUUGUUGUCAUUAACUCGUUCUCGCGUUUUUGUUAUUAAAAUACGGAUCAAAAUCGCCUGUGUUACUCGACAUGUCGUUAUCCUUUUACAUCUCUGAAUAGGAUGAAGGAAGAUAUAAGUUCAUGCACGUAGGCACAACCACCUGCAUAAAUGUCCUUUCACCAAAAAAACAGCGCCUAUAGAAACCACGCAAUUCAUCACCGCUAGUUCUGUCUUGAUAUUUUUAUCAUUUUGUUAUUGUUAUCCACAAAAUGCUUUAAAACUGUCAAAUGGUUUCCCCACCGCGUUUCUUCCUCCUACAGUCAUUAGGAAGAAUCCCCCGUUUGUUACUAGCACAGUCAGAAGUCAUGCAGAAAAAAAAUUCGAAUGACAUUUUUUACGUAAUACGUGCUGUUAAGACGCACGGAGAGGUGACACGUUUGCUGAUCUUACACAGAAAUCAUCAUGAACCCUAUUGCUUGCGCGGUAUCCACUUCAUCCGCUGCAUAUGUGCUAAGAGUUUUCUUUCUUUUUUUGUUUUUUUUUAACCUCGGCUCGCCAUACUGCCCAGUGCUCAGCAACCCAAACGUUAUAAUCUACCAACAUGGCAGCUAACGUUUCAUAACGGCUUUCUACGAAAGCGAGAACGUUGGUCUCUCAUUGUGACACCAUUUGGACGCCAGGCGAUCACCCAGAGCUCACAGGCGAUGCCAAUAUGCGCCGGCUGCAAUGCAGGCCAGCUAUUGCGUUUGAAUUGCUGAACAUUGUACAUAUCGCGUUCACUUGUAUCUUGAAACAGAUUGCCGGUAGAUUAAACUUUUUAGCGUCGUAUAAAGAUUCGUUGAAGUGGUAUAAGACAAGAAAAAAUGUUUUAAAAAAUUACCCCUUCCCUUAGCACUAAUUAUAACGCAAACGUCACACAAACAGCGAAAGCGAGGAUAUAGUUAUCACGCUGUGCGAGAUGAACGAGGGAGUCAUUCCAACCUUUACAUCUGUAAAACAGUCAUCACCACGUACGCAUGCAAUCAUUAUAUAUACCUGCGGAAGGUAUACACGUACAGUCAUCCACGCGCUUUACAACACGUGUUGAAAGAUUCGUUAAGGAACCUUGUUUUGGUGUGUACCUGUUACCUUCUUCACGUGGAAAUAAAGCGUUUGAUUUGUUGAA